AUGCACAAUGCACACAAGAUGGUCUCGGGGCAUGGACAACGUGUUCUGAAAGAGCCACGUAUCCAGCGCCUUCCUCAGCAACAUGGAUCGCAGGAUCGAAGGAUACAAGAGCAUUCUCGACCAGUCCAGGCUCCAGUCCAGAAUAGAAGUGAACCCAAACCAGAAAAUCAUGCAAUGGAUCUGGCAAGACAGUAUGAUCUGGAUCAGAAGAAAAUCAUUAAGUGCUGCUUCAGCAAAACGCACAACAACCACCUGGUGGAAAGCUAUAUCAGUCACGUCAGAAUCAUCGAAGAUGCCAAGAAUACCGCUUCUAGACCUCCUCCAGAUAGCCCUCUCAAGUACAAAAAGUCAAGACUUUUGAUUAUAGCUGCCAGACCUUCUGGAAGAUUGCGGCUUCACAAGGCUAGAGAGAACUCCGAUGGGACCGUCCAGAUUGGUCGUACGUGGGAUCUUGAUGAACUGAGCAGAAUUGAGAUUGAUCCUCACUUGCCUACAGGAUUUCUUGCUGUAAUGGGAAAACCAUACUACUGGGAGACCAACAGUCCUCGUGAGCGUAAGGUCUUUUGCCGAACGUUACUCUGGCACUACAUGGAUUACACUGGUGGAAAGGUACCUGAACUUAUCAACUGCAGCGUGGAAAGCUUGGGUGUUGAUACCAAGACUGUCAGCAGAGUGUCUAAGGUAGAUAUGAUAUCGACGACCUUGGAUGAUGCACCCAAAAAUGUAGCGGACCUUCCCGAUGUUGCUCCUCUGAGGGUUUCGAGAAAUGCAGAAGUGCCACGAAUUCCAGAAGUUACACCUAUCAAACAGGCACCUCCUCAAGUCUAUAGCAAUGAGGAACAGUUUGCGGCCUCUACUGCACCUUUGAACUUUUCUGCUCCUGAAGCCAUACCCGAUGAGAGCAUGGUCAAACCAUUAGCUAUUGAGAAGCGCUCUAAACCGAUGUCAGAUCGUGAGUUUCAUGCUCAUAGACGGGAAUCAUCACUGAAGUCUCUGGAAAGAUUGAAAGGCAAAAAAAGUAGCGAAACUUCCGUCGAUGAUAGCACCCCGGUGUUUUCAAGGAAUGCUCAGGGCGUAGUCGAUACAUCAUCCGGUCCUCGCCUGACUCAUUCCAGGCAGAGCUCUAUCCAGAAGCCUUCUUUGCCAAACAUUGCACAAGAAAGUGAGCCUGUCCCCAAAGAAUCCAUCCAGGAGAAUGUCAAUAACAGACCUGACAGACCUCUCUCGGUAUCGGAUGUGGGCUUCAUUGCGCAUCAAAGGACCCACGACGAAAUCGAAGAUAUCACUGGGGCUGAAGAAGCCACUGAAGACCAGAGCUACAGUUAUAACGAGCUUGACGACUUCUAUGAUGGCUAUGCUGAAGAGCUAUCCGGAGAAGAUGGGCAAGAGGAUGAUCAAGUGAGCAUUGUUCAACAUCUGCAAGUACCUGUCAGACAGACUUUGGAACCAAGCAAGCACUUGGAUGAUGAUGACGCAGCAAGCGACUUAUUCUCAGUUGGAGACGAAGUCGAUGAGAUAACAGAUUUCAGUUUUCUUCCCGAGAAUGACCGUUCCUUGAACCAGAAGUCUAACAACGGAGAUAUGGUUGAAGAGCUUUUCGAGGAGAUUGGCUGGAGCAGAUCGGAUACUGUCCAAACGAUUGAAACGAAGUUGCGAAAGCUAUUGAGGGAUUCUGAGUAUCAAAGUGUCAAAUCUUUGGUUGACUUUUCCAUGGAUGCGUCAUCUAUAGAAAGUCUCAUAAGCAGUGGUAUUCAUGAGUGCAACGUCCUGGAGCCAAUUUUGUCGUUUUUCAGUAUUGAACUGUCUUCUUUUGCGGAAGAUAUCAAGCACAUAGAGAAACAAGGUCGCGGAUUACAGAUUGAAACGACUAAUAAGAAGCUACUGUGGAAAGAAAUCAGAGAUCUGUUAGAGGCAGUGUCAAUAAGUGAUCACUCUUUGGAUAUACUGACUACUUCUACCACAAGCUACAGUCCUCAGGACGUUACGUCAAUCAAAAAGGUUGAGAAUGUUCUCAUAGAGCUAGACUCAGCACUUCAAACGAUGCGUGGAGCAUCCCUCAAGGAUGACGAUGACGGUAAGGCAAUGAGGGCAUUGCAGGAGCGCAGGGAGAAGUACGAGAAAACGACAGAGGCGUUUACCCAAAAUGUGGAACUGCAAUUCAAGUACUUGAUGCACAGAAGUAUCGGUACUUUGGAUGUUUCUUCGAUCCCUGUUGCGCAAAUUGAAACUGCUAUUUCGCGAGAGCUUGCGCAACUCCUCAUUUUUGCGGGCAUAACACUGUUCUUGAGGUCUGCAUCUUUGAGUGACUACAGUGGGUUGAUGUUGUCUUAUCAAGACCAAAUAAGGGAGAUAUACUCGGUUGUAGCAGAAUCUCUGUCAGCCCACGUUGAAAAGAGCAAGCAAGUUGUUUCUCCGCCAUCUAUUUCUUUCAAAAGCGAUCCUAAGGACAUAUAUGGGGAAAAGUACAGAAUCAGACGCAACAAGAGCUCUCAUGAUCGCGGAGGUUUGAAUGCGAGAGAUAGGCUUAUGGAACGAUUGGGAUUCAGUGAGGAAACUGCAACAGAGACUCCAAAUUCUAGUGAGGUCAAUUUUGCUAGCGUCGGAGAAGGUGUGAGCGAGCUUCUGGAUCAUUUUGCAGCCGCUCUAAUCAAUCAGCAAGACAUGCUAGUUGAGCUGUUUCAUUUAUCCUCUUUGCAUCCCACCACAUUGGAUGAAUUCGCUGCAAGCAGGCCAGUCGAUCAGAGAGUGGACCAGUUUUUGAAUCCUCACAGACCUAAAGCCAUUUCUAUGGAGCCUGAUAGGAACCUGGCUUCUGAGUCUAUGAGCAGUAUGUCACAGAUGCUGAGCGACUAUAGUCAGGCAGUGACAAAACAGGUGAAGUCCAUUCUAAAAGAGAAUCCCGUGGAGAUCCCAAGAACCUUGGCUGUUAUUGAAAGGAUGAUCUUGACGUACAACUCUACCAACCAGGAGUUCUUGAUCAGAAAGCUGACGCAACUGAAGAGCAAGCUGGUGACUGCCUGGGCAGUAUUCGUGGAUAAGCAAAUUGGUAUUGUCUCCGACUCCAAAUUGGAGGGUCGCAACGGUUCUAGCUACGGCGUCUUGAGAAUUGUCAAAGUUUACCCUGAGUUUGUUAGGCAAGUCGAGGCCAGCUUAUCAACGCUGGACUUCAGCAUUGAAGACUUCCAAAUAAGCGAAGAUGUUACCAAGUCAUACAUGGAGCUGUGGAGACACCUGUUUUCUGUGCUUAAGGGAGACAAGGCGAUGUCAAACCCAACAAUGGGUGAUUUGACUAAAACCACGACAAAUGGUUCCAGAGGCUUGGUUUCCAAUGCGCUUACAACCAUAUCGACCAGCUUCCAUGGCGACGGAAGUCUGGAGGGAGAUUCUCUGAAUCAUCACAUCAUGCUGCUACUGAACUUCAACUGGUUACUUGAAGAGAUCAAGGACGUCUCCAAACUGGGGCCCAUCAAAACCCAGCUUCAAGAGUUGUGUCAUGAGGAGACCAUGGCAUAUGCGGACUAUGUUAUCAGAAGUGGUAGUGCUGGUCGUCUCCUGGCUUUCAUCGAAGGAGUAGAGGGUUUGACUAAGGCGGAUCCCAGCGUUGGUGCUGUGAGGAAUGUGGAUCCUUCCAAAAGGCAUGCUUACGCCAAAGAUGUGCUUAAGAAACUUCUCCAAACGUUUGAUACGAAGGGAGUUGACAAGAGUGUACAGGGUAUUGUCAAACAGAUUCACAACGAGCUGCUGGGACAUGCAAAAUACUCUGAUGAUAUGGAGAGUCCAACCAGUUUGUCAGUCAUUGAAGAUAUCGAGGGUGCUUUGGCGGAGAAGGUUGCAGGAGUUAUUCAGAAUCAACUCACGAGCACGCUUUCGCGUUUGAAUGCCAUAGUUGACAGAUACUAUCCGGAUGUUGAUGUACCUGUUGAUCGUUCCGAGAUAGCAUAUGCGUUCAAGCGUGCGACGUGA